AGUCGAGGAUGGAUUGCGAAGCAUCCUAUUCCCACAGCUUGUGCAUUGUGAUUCUAUCCCAAGAACCAUAGUAAACCCAACAUUCAGGACAGAAAAGUGGAUGAUAAAGCACCGAAACAAACAACCAAGAUGGUAUUCUGUGUGUUAAACGCCGCAGCAAAGCGAACACCAUCGACUGUUUACGUAGUCGGCCGUGGGCUGCUGCAAAAUGUCGCCGCACCGUACCGAUUGCAUCAGCAGCCAGCCCGUGCGGCGGGCAAAUGGUUUCCGGACGAACAGUUCGUCGAACAAUUCAAAGGCCCAGUAAUGUACCCGGACCACGUAACUGCACGCUGGAAGCUUCCGCCAUGGAACAGCAAGAUUGCACCGGUCGAGAAGCAGGUGCGCAAUCUGAAGAUCAACUUCGGACCGCAGCAUCCGGCUGCCCACGGUGUGCUGCGCCUGGUGCUGGAGCUGGACGGCGAAACGGUCAUGCGUGCGGAUCCGCACGUUGGGCUGCUGCACCGCGGCACCGAGAAGCUGAUCGAGUACAAAACGUACGUGCAGGCCCUGCCCUACUUCGACCGGCUCGACUACGUCUCGAUGAUGUGCAACGAGCAGUGCUACUCGCUCGCGGUGGAAAAGCUGCUCAACAUUGAAAUCCCGCCGAGGGCGAAGUACAUCCGUGUGCUGUUUGCGGAAAUCACACGCAUCCUCAACCACAUCAUGGCGAUCGGUACGCACGCACUGGACGUGGGAGCGCUGACCCCCUUCUUCUGGCUGUUUGAGGAGCGGGAAAAAAUGAUGGAGUUUUACGAGCGCGUGUCGGGGGCGCGCAUGCACGCCGCCUACGUUCGACCGGGUGGUGUCGCGCAAGACAUUCCGCUCGGGUUGCUGGACGAUAUCUACGACUUUGCGGUCCGGUUCGGCGAACGGUUGGACGAGGUGGAAGAUGUGCUAACGACCAACCGGAUCUGGGUGCAGCGGACGGUGAACAUUGGGGUCGUUACGGCCGAGGAUGCCCUGAACUAUGGCUUCAGCGGCGUUAUGCUGCGGGGUUCCGGUAUUAAGUGGGACCUGCGGAAGGUGCAACCGUACGAUGCGUACGAUCAGAUGGAGUUCGAUGUACCGAUCGGUACGAAGGGCGACUGCUACGAUCGGUAUCUGUGCCGCAUUGAGGAGAUGCGCCAGUCGCUGCGCAUUAUCGACCAGUGCCUCAAUCGGAUGCCGGCCGGUGAGAUUAAGACGGACGAUGGGAAGAUAUCGCCACCGUCCCGCACCGAGAUGAAACAAUCGAUGGAGGCGCUUAUCCAUCACUUUAAGCUGUUUACGCAGGGGUAUCAGGUGCCGCCCGGGUCCACGUACACGGCGGUGGAAGCGCCAAAGGCCACAACACUCACGAAAAUCGGAAAAAACCCGAUGGAAAAUCCCCGAGAGAAAGAAAAACAGUGAGCAACCGAACACAUCUCAGCUGUUCUAGUGAGAAAACCCCUUUUCAUCGGAAAAAUGCUCCAAACGCCGAUGGGAGAGCAUAGCUUUUUAAUCAGAGAGAACGAGUGAGUAAUGGUAAAUUUCCCCCAAAGAGCAUCCUAUUCUGAUGGGAAACUCUCUCCCAUCAUCCCCGGUAUGUGUUGUGUGUUGCGCGUUGGUUUAUUUUGCCGGCCGGUGCCGUCUGAAUGCCGCCAUUACGGCAGGCACAUAAGAAGAGGCAGCAGCAGCAUAUAGGACUGGGUAGAGUACAUAGCUUUCACCGCAACAGUUUCGUACCUGUUGUUGUUGUCCUGCCGGUCGGUUCUUCAGCGGCUUCCAAACGUUCGGGAGACGGGGUGAACACGUAUAAAAAUGUCUCGAGCUGGGAGGAUCGUGAUUUUCUGGUGAUGAAAUUUAUGGGAUCGACCUCGGCUCGAUUUUGGGGGUCAGUUGAUAUGAGAAAUCUUUUUUUUUCCUAAAUCCUUGGUUACAUGACAGUAUUAGUUAGGUAGUGAAAAUAUAUGAAUUUAAAUUUAAAUAAUAAACGACAGGUACGGAAACGGGAAUAAAAAUAAUUAGAGCACUUAGGUAAAGGUAAAUAAUUAGGUCUAUUUUUUGUUACUUUUUAAUUGCUAUGAAAAGUAUUUAAUUGUGUAGUAGAAUAAUGCGGCGAA